CUGGACGGAGAGGAAGAGGAGGCCAGGACAGCUGGACUGAGGGAGGAAGAGGAGGCCAGGAUAGCUGGACUGAGGGAGGAAGAGGAGGCCAGGACAGCUGGACUGAGGGAGGAACAGAUGAAGGAGAAGAUUGAGGAAAUGAGCAGAGUGAUGUCAUCACUUCCAGACACAAUCAGAGCCAUAGUAACUGAUUUGAUUUCAGUUAUGAUAUUCAUUAAUUUGUUAUUUUGUCCCACUGCAGAACUACAAUGAAAAGGUAAGUGAUCUGCAUCCUCUCCCUCUUCUCUGUGGUUCUGAACCCAACACUACAGCGGCAUGUUCUUCCAGAGCCCAGUGAACACUGCUGGAUCCACAGCUGGUCUCAGGAGUGCUGAUAGACGUGACCAAACACCUGGGCAACCUGAAGUUCAGAGUCUGGGAGAAGAUUUAGAGGAUUGUGAAAUACAGUGAGUAUAAUUUUAAUUUAACCAUGAACAAGUUCAUUUACAUAUUAAAUGUUUACCCCAAACCGUAAAAUACUUAAAUGCAUUCAGACAAACAACAGGAAAACAAUCUGUUUAUAAUAAUUUUUCCAUAUUCUCGAAGUAAAAAAAAAUGUCAUUUUCUUUGGUCAACACCUUCUUUUGAUAGAUUAUGAACAUAUAUUGUGUUCAUAAACAAACAAUGACAAAUCAAUAAAAAUAAAAAAAAUGAUUACAAUUUGUCUCUUACUGGUCAUAUCAGUCCUGAUGUCAUGGCCAGUUCUAAUCUCUAGUUCGCUCUGUUCAGCUCCUGUGGUUCUGGACCCCGACACUACUUCACCCACGUUAUACCCUGUCUGACAUCUGACCAGAGAGAGAAGCAGCUUCCUGACAACCAAGAGAGGUUUGAUUACAAUCGGCUCCGGGGGGCUUUUAACUCAGGGACACAGCUGGGAUGUUGA